AUGCUGAGACCUGCCACCCCUUUGACGAUUCUCCUGUUCGUUUCUUUCGUUCUCCUGCUCUUGUCGGUUAUCUCGACACCGGUCGUUAAAAGCAUCCCCAUUGCAACCUACCAGGGAGUCAAUUUUGGCGUUUUCGGCUACUGUAAAGGUUCCCAAUGUAGUGGGAUCCGGGUGGGAUAUACAACGGAUGGCCUGUUUGGUUCUGCAGGCGAUGGCGAUUUCAACUUGCCGUCCAGCGCCCGCCAUUCCUUGUCGUCUCUGCUCAUCGUCCAUCCGGUCGCCGCCUUUUGUAACCUGGUCUGCCUCGCUUUGGCUGCAGCCGCUCACCUCCAUUCUCCCUCGCAUUCGGCCCGUUACCUCCUCGGCCUCCUGAUCCUUCUCCUCCCAACGUUGCUGGUCACCUUGUUGGCUUUCCUGGUGGAUAUACUCUUGUUUGUCCCACACUUACAAUGGGGAGGCUGGAUUGUUCUUGCUUCUACAAUUCUAAUCACGGCGUCCGGUGUGGUCACUUGUGCUAUGCGGAGAACCCUUGUCUCUCGAAAGGCCCGCAAGAAGAGAAUUGCUGAAAAUGCCGAAAUGAGUGGGGAGAACUUUUACACCCGACAGGCCCAAGAAUCCAAGAUGGCCGCUCAAUCCUUCACCGCGGAUCCCGCAGUUCCCAUGGUCAAUGGCGCUCCCGGGGCUGACAGGCUACCGGCGUUCGCAACAUUCGACCCCGCUCAAAAGACAGAUGAAGAUCGCCAACCCCUGAGGUCACAAGCCUUGUCCGAUGAACAUACUUUGGUCGCUUCUCGAGACGGUGCGUCUGAUGGGUUUUACGGCCCUCCUUCAAGAUCGGGCAGCCGACCGCCGCCCGAUGGACCUCGAGAUCAGUUUGGAAAUGCCCCCCCUCUACCGGCCGGUGGCCCUCCAGGGCCUAUGCUGGAUCGAAGGCCUGGGGACGACGGGCCACCUCCAGGCCCUUAUCGAGAUGGCAGUGUACCCCGUCAACCUGGCAGGGGCUACGGUUCUAGGGGUAGGGGUAACUUUCCGUUUCGUGGAGGAUAUCCUCAACGAGGAGGGUAUGGUCCUCGCGGCCCUCCGCCUCCUCAAAACUACCCUGGACGGGGAGGGUUUUCUACAGAUAUGCGAGGGGGCUACGGCGGACGCGGCCGAGGCGGAGUUCCCAUGGGCGCUGGCGUCGGGGGUGGCAUGGCCGCAGGGGCAAUGAUGGCCGGUGGGCAGCGACGACCCCCUCCUGGAUACCCUCUCAAUGGUGGUAACGACUCCCCGUCCGGAUACACACCGCCAGAAGAAUACCCCAAUCGGGCUGGACCACCAUUGACCAUUGCUGCAUCGCAGCCUUUCAUUGAAGAUGGGGAAAGGAGGUUUGAUGUGACCAGCCCUUCCGUCUACACGACCGGGCCAGAUGAACACCAUACCCCGUACGGUGCACGAGCACAGUCCCCUUCACAGGUUAGGCGAUCACCCUAUGGCAGUAGAGUUCAGUCGCCUGCUGGCACCGGCCGGCUGCCCUCACCGCCCCCAGGAAUGCCUCCGUUGCCAGCCAACGAAGCGACAGAACUGGCAGGCACGUCCACACGGGAUUUCCAUCUAGGUAGAUCUCAGAGUCAAGAUCCAUAUGUGCCCCCUCGGGCCCAGUGGAACCCCAUGCCCCCCGACGAUUUUGCCCAACCAAGCUCUCCUGGACGUUAUGGCCCGGUAGAGCUUCCCGCAGGCGGAAGUCAGAUGGGAGGAUAUGGUGGCCAAGGUCGAAGACCACGCGUGAACUCUGGUGGCAGUGAUGCAUACUAUGAAGAUGUGGAUCCUAGGUUUGCGUCGGAACCUGAACCGAUGCUACCAAUGCCGUCGAACCCAAAUCAAGCACGUGUGCCAACGCUUCUAACGCCGGGACAAUCUGGACUGCAGCGACCGGAUUCCAUUGGCCCACUGCCCCAGACGAAUUCUUACGAAGAUCUCCCUGGAGCUCGAUCGCCUGCUGAGAGCGAUGCCAGUAACUUUACGUCGGUUAGCCAGCGUGGAGUCAACCCUAACUGGAGACCGGGUGCCGGCGGGGAAUUCGGUUCAUUCGGCCCUCCUAUUCGGAGACGAGACCAGCAAUUGAAGCGAGAUGUACUGCUGGCAGGCAACCCGGAUUUUGAAAUCCCUGGAAUUGCCCCGCCCGGGCGACCGAUGAAUCGAGGCCAAGGAGGCGGCGCUCCUGGAAUGAGAGGCGGAAUGAUGAUGGGCCCUCCGAGAAUCCCACCCGCCAGCGCUGCCGGGGCGGGAACAGAUGGGAGAUACCCCAUUGCGACGCCGCCACCGACAGGGCCCGGUGGAAUGCCAGUGAGGGAGAUAUAA